AUGACGACCGACAGGGUUGUGCUCAUUUCUGCUGCUCCGACGGAAGAUGUUACCGUCCCGUCGGAUGGCCCUCACGAGAACAGUUGGUACAAUGACAGAGAUUUUGACGGCUAUCGAGUUGCCGAGCAAUUGCUCUUUCAAAGACGCAAGAUUCGAGUCAUCUGUGUAGGGGCUGGAGCGACGGGACUUCAAUUCGCAUACAAGGCAGAACGUGCCUUGAAGGACGUGGAACUGCAAAUCUACGAGAAGAACAGCGACGUCGGUGGAACUUGGCUGGAAAAUCGAUAUCCCGGGUGUACGUGCGACAUACCGUCUCAUUCCUAUCAGUUCACGUGGGCGAAGAAUCCCAACUGGUCAAGGUAUUACUCUGGAUCGGAAGAGAUCUGGCAAUAUAUGAAGGACGUUGCAACUAAAUAUGACCUGGAGAAAUACGUCCAAUUUAAGACGACGGUCGAGUCAGCAACCUGGGACGAGGAUGCAGGGCUGUGGAGAUUGCGUAUCAUCGCUCCAGACGGCUCUUGUUUUGAGGACACUUGCAAUAUCCUUGUCAAUGGGUCAGGGGUUCUGAAUGAGUGGAAAUGGCCUAACAUUCCAGGUUUAGAUGUGUUCAAAGGAAAGCUUAUGCAUUCAGCGAAAUGGGACGGCAACUAUGAUUUGAAAGGGAAGACUGUGGCCGUGAUCGGCGGUGGAUCGUCCGCAGUACAAAUCAUCCCGUCGAUACAACCAACUGUUGGUAAGCUGUAUGCUUUCUUGAGGUCUCCGGUUUGGAUCACGACCGGGUUUGGUGCUAAGUACGCUGGGCCGGGCGGAACGAACUUCUCAUACUCCGAAGAGCAGAAGGAAGAAUGGAGAACACACCCAGACAAACAUGCCCAGUACUGUCGAGACGUUGAAGGUGAACUCAACAAGAGAUUUACGUUGAUGCAUUUCAAGGCCAAAGAUCAAAAAGCAUCCCGAGAUCUUGUGGCAGACAUUAUGAGAGAGCAGCUCGGCAAUGAUGAGACUCUCACCAAGCACAUGAUACCACCAUUCGCUCUUGGCUGCAGAAGAAUGACCCCUGGAUCUGGUUACCUGCAGUCUUUGAGGGCAGACAACGUACAAGUCGUCCCAAAGUCUGCUAUAAGAUUGACAGAAACUGGUAUCGUGGACGAGGAUGGGGUUGAGCACGACGUCGACGUUGUCGUUUGUGCGACAGGCUUCGACACCUCCUUCACACCGCAUUUUAAAGUCUUCGGUCGCAAUAACGCAGAGAUUCAUGAGCAAUUUGGCGACUUUCCGAUAGGCUACCUAGGCAUUACAGCUGAGAACUUCCCCAACCUGUUCCUUCUGAUAGGGCCCAACGGACCGGCGUCGCAUUCGAGCAUCCUACCAAUCUUCGAAUGGUACACCCGAUACAUUUUCCAGGUCAUUGAGAAGAUCCAAACGGAGCGCAUCAAGGCUGUUGAACCCAAGAAAGAAGCCAUCAAGGAUCUGUACAACCACACCCACGAGUUGAUGAAGAGACUGGUCUGGUCAUCAGCCUGCCGAUCAUGGUUCAAGAACGGCAAAACACAUGGCCCGGUGACCGCCAUCUACCCGGGCAGUCGACUGCAUUUCUUCGAGAUUAUGAAGAACGUGAGGUGGGAGGACUACAACAUCACGUACAUGUCGGAAAAUAGAUUUGCGUUCAUGGGCAACGGCUAUACCCAGACAGAGGUGGACCCUGAAGGAGACCCUGUCUGGUAUUUCGAUGACCCGUUUACCAAGAUUUAG